CUAUCGGUUUCGGUACAUCCUUAGCUCAACAGCUGAUUUUUUGUGUUUUGACAAAAUAUUGUUUUCUCUUUGGAUUUGAUUACAAAAAGCGUCAAUAUGUUAACUUCAAUGGUUAAGGAGCACCACAAGGAGCAGGCGAAGCGGAAACAGGAGCAGGAGGUGCGUCGAAAGGAGGCUAUAGAAGCGUCCAAUGAGCUCACCCAGUCUCUGGUGGACACCCUAAAUGUGGGCGUGGCUCAGGCCUACUUGAACCAGAAGCGCCUGGACGCCGAGGCCAAGCAACUGCACUUGGGCGCAACCAAUUUCGCCAAGCAGACCCACCAAUGGCUGCAGCUCAUCGACCAAUUCAGCACUGCCCUAAAGGAUCUCGGCGAUGUGGAGAACUGGGCACGCAGCAUUGAGGGGGACAUGCAUGCGAUUAACCAGACCCUAGAGCUGGCCUACAAAGCCUCCCGAGCGACACAGACUUCAGGCGGAACAGUCCUGGAGACCUCAACUUCAGCGUCGGCAAACGCAAAUGCCAGUGCUACAUGAACGUUUGCAAAAAAGUGCAUUGUAUUGUACUUGUAUUCUUUCCUUUUGAGUAAAUGUAAGCCCAUACAAACCAAGCUACUCGUAGUUAAAUUUAAAUUUAGCUUAAGAAUAUGAUAUCUGAAACCAAUUCAAUAAAACACCCAUUCACCAGUUUA